UCCAAUUUCAGUACCCACUGUGCUGUAAAUGUUUAAAAUCACAGGAGAUGCAGUUUCUUACUUGGGAAAAAAAUCAAUGCCGAGUCCAACCUUCCAUACUCAUAACUCCCAGUUCCACUUCCCUUGAUAGUCUUCUGGUUUUCUAGCUCAAAAAGAAACCAACUCUAGUAUUGUGCUAUCUGAUAGCAAACAGCAAUAUCAAGAAGAUGAUGUCAGCCACGUUUCAUUGGUUACUAGAAAAUCAAAGCCUGGGUUCUUUUGGCUCUUUGCCUGAGCAAAAGUUUCUUAUAGUUCUAGGUCAUCUGUGAAAAGUCCAAGCCUCUGUAUGCCUUUUUAUUGAAUGAUGUAUUAAUAGGUGUUUCACUUCUGUGAGUUACGAUUCAGGUAUAUAUUUAUGUAUAUAUGUUCUGCAAUGGCUAAUACUGUGCAGAGCCAGGAUGUUGUGACAGAGAACUUAAGGAAACAGCUUGCAGUUGCUGUGAGGAGUAUCCAGUGGAGCUAUGCAAUUUUCUGGUCACUGUCAACUACACAACAAGGGGUACUGGAGUGGGUGGAUGGGUAUUAUAAUGGAGACAUCAAGACUAGGAAGACUGCACAAGCUAUGGAGCUUAAGCAUGACAAAAUAGGGUUACAGAGAAGUGAGCAACUGAGAGAACUUUAUAAGUCUCUUCUUGAAGGUGAAAUUGACCAACAGGCUAAUAGGCCUUCUGCUGCAUUGUCUCCGGAGGAUCUUUCUGAUGCAGAGUGGUAUUACUUGGUUUGCAUGUCCUUUGUGUUCAAUCCCGGUGAAAGUUUGCCAGGAAGAGCAUUAGCAAAUAAAGAAACCAUCUGGUUGUGCAAUGCUCAAUAUGCAGAUAGUAAAGUAUUCUCUCGCUCUUUGCUUGCAAAGAGUGCAUCUAUUCAGACUGUGGUAUGUUUUCCCCACCUUGAGGGAGUAAUUGAGCUUGGUGUAACUGAGCUGGUUGCAGAGGAUCCCAAUCUAAUUCAACACAUCAAGGCCUGUUUAUUAGAAUUCUCGAAGCCUGUUUGUGCUGAAAAAUCUUCCUCUGCUACUCAUAGUGCAGAUGAUGAUAAAGACCCAGCAUGCGCUCAACUUGACAAUGAAAAAGUAGAUGCAAUGGCAGUUCUGGAGGACCUGCAAAAUCCCACAGAAGAUAUCAUAUUUAACCAAGAGGGAAUUGAUGAAUUGCAUGGAAAUAUGCAUGAAGAAUUAAACAUGGACUCUUCUGAUGGUUCUUCAAAUGGCUGUGUGCAGAAUCACCGGACUGAAGACUUCUUGCUUGAACAUUUAAAUGGUGGGAUUUCUCGCAUUCAAAGUUGGCAUUUCACAGAUUAUGAAUUAAGCAAUGGUGUUCAAGAUUCUGCCAAUUCCAGUAAUCGUAAAUCUGAAGUUAUUGCGAGUGAUGAAAUCACUCUCUCUGGUCUCAAGGACCAAAAUGUAAGCCACCUUCAGUUGAAAGAACUUCAAGAAGGCAACCGCAGCAAAUUGAGUUCCUUUGAUCUUGGAGCCAGUGAUAACUUGCUCUACAAAAGAACUCUAUCUAUGGUCCUGAGAAGUUCAACCCAGUGGAUUGGAAAUUCAAGUUUCUGUAGUGGGAAUCACAAAUCCAGUUUUGUUACUUGGAAGAAAGGAGAAUUUAAUAGUCAUAGGCCACAAGUACAACAAAAUGUGUUAAAAAAAAUUUUAUUUGCUGUCCCUCUGAUGCACGGUGGAUGCUCUCUUAGGUCGCACAUAGAAAAUGGAGGAAAAGAUUGUGGUAGGAAGCUGAAAAGCAAUGAAAUAUGCCAGGGUUUACCAGAGAAACAAAGAAAGCAUGAAAAAUUCCUGGUACUCAAGUCGAUGAUUCAUUCUGUUAGUAAGAUUGACAAAGCAUCAAUCCUGGAUGACAUGAUUAGAUACUUAGAAGAGCUUGAGGCAAGAGUGGAAGAAUUGGAAUCUUGCAAAAACUUGGUGGAGUAUACAGCAAGACCCAGAAGGAGUGAAUUGGAAAUGGCAGAGCAGACAUCAGAUAACUAUGAAAACAUGAAGUUUGAAAAUGGCAAGAAGGUUUGGAUAAAAAAGAGGAAGGCCAGUGUCAUUUAUGAAACUGAACCAGAGCUUAAUGUAAUGGUAACCAAGGAUGUCUUGCCCACGGAUGUGAAGGUCAGCAUGAGGGAGAAGGAGGUUCUAAUUGAGAUGAAAUGUGCUUACAGGGAAUACAUAUUGCUUGACAUUAUGGAUGAAAUCAACAAUCUUCACUUGGAUGUGCACUCAGUUCAGUCAUCUAGUAUUGAUGGCAUUCUCACAGCGAGCCUAAAGUCUAAGUUUCGAGGGGCAGCAGUUGCAUCUGCAGGGAUGAUCAAACAAGCACUUUGGAAGGUUGGCAGUAAUUAAGAGUUGAACGGUGUUAUAUUUCAACUUAUCCCUGUUCAUUUGAGAAAUUGGCUUCUCGUUCUAGAUAGUUGUGUAAUUUGUAGCUGUAGCUACUUAAACUUGAAACUGCUUCCUAAAUGCUUUCUUUAUCAAUUGUUUGGAGACAUUGAAAUGAAGUUUAUAAUCUUCAUGGCCCAAGAAA